GAGCGCGGCCAGCAGCGGGGACGGGCGGCGGCGGAGAGCGGGGGGAGAAGGGAGGAGACAAGGAAAAGAAGCGAGCUGCGUUUCUUCCGAUCUGCAGGAAAAGGCUGUUUCACGAGCGGCUCCCUCUUCCCCCAGCCGGCUGCGAUGCUGCUAGUUACUGUGCUGCCCUGGACGUUGGUUUUGCUUGGAGCCGCAGCCUCUCUACAAGUGGACAUUGUUCCAAGCCAGGGGGAGAUCAGCGUUGGAGAAUCUAAGUUCUUCUUAUGUCAAGUGGCAGGGGAGGCCAAAUACAAAGACAUCUCCUGGUUUUCCCCUAAUGGCGAGAAGCUGACGCCGAACCAACAGCGCAUCUCAGUGGUGCGAAACGAUGACUUCUCCUCCACCCUCACCAUCUACAACGCCAACAUUGAUGAUGCUGGCAUCUAUAAGUGUGUUGUCAGUAGCGCAGAGGAGGGAGACUCCGAGGCCACCGUCAAUGUGAAAAUUUUCCAAAAGCUGAUGUUCAGGAAUGCUCCUACUCCUCAGGAAUUCAAGGAAGGGGAUGAUGCUGUGAUUGUGUGUGAUGUGGUCAGCUCACUGCCUCCUACCAUCAUCUGGAAGCACAAAGGCAGGGAUGUUAUCCUAAAAAAAGAUGUUCGAUUUAUAGUCCUGUCCAACAACUACCUGCAGAUCCGGGGAAUCAAGAAAACGGAUGAAGGGACGUACCGCUGUGAGGGCCGGAUCUUGGCUCGUGGGGAGAUCAACUUUAAAGACAUUCAGGUCAUUGUAAAUGUUCCUCCGUCUGUGCGUGCCAGGCAGAGCACUAUGAACGCCACUGCCAACCUCAGCCAGUCUGUCACCUUGGCAUGCGAUGCUGAUGGAUUUCCUGAGCCAACUGUGACGUGGACAAAGGAUGGAGAGGCAAUAGAAGAGGGCGAUGAUGAAGAGAAAUACAGUUUUAACUAUGAUGGAUCUGAGCUCGUCAUCAAGAAGGUGGAUAAGAGUGAUGAAGCAGAAUACAUCUGCAUCGCUGAGAACAAGGCUGGCGAGCAGGAUGCCACCAUUCAUCUGAAAGUCUUUGCAAAACCUAAGAUCACUUAUGUGGAGAAUAAAACAGCCAUGGAGCUGGAGGAUCAGAUUACACUGACCUGUGAGGCAUCUGGGGACCCAAUCCCCUCUAUCACCUGGAGAACGUCCACUCGGAACAUCAGCAAUGAAGAAAAGGCUUCAUGGACCCGGCCCGAGAAACAAGAGACUCUGGAUGGGCGCAUCAUAGUACGUAGCCAUGCCCGGGUGUCAUCCCUGACUCUCAAAGAGAUUCAAUACACAGAUGCCGGAGAAUAUGUAUGCACAGCUAGCAACACCAUCGGGCAGGACUCCCAAGCCAUGUACCUUGAAGUGCAGUAUGCCCCCAAGCUUCAGGGCCCUGUGGCUGUCUAUACCUGGGAAGGAAAUCAAGUGAAUAUCACCUGUGAGGUAUUUGCUUAUCCCAGUGCUGUUAUCUCCUGGUUCCGGGAUGGACAGCAGCUUCCCAGCUCAAACUACAGCAACAUCAAGAUCUACAAUACUCCAUCAGCAAGCUACCUGGAGGUGACACCAGACUCUGAAAAUGACUUUGGGAACUAUAACUGCACUGCUGUGAACCGCAUUGGCCAGGAGUCCUCCGAGUUCAUUCUUGUGCAGGCAGAUACUCCGUCCUCUCCUUCCAUUGACAGAGUGGAGCCCUAUUCCAGUACUGCCCAGGUGGAGUUUGAUGAGCCUGAAGCUACUGGCGGGGUGCCCAUCCUCAAGUACAAAGCAGAGUGGAGGGCACUGGGAGAGGGAGAAUGGCAUUCAAAGUUGUAUGAUGCAAAAGAAGCAAAUGUGGAGGGCAUGAUCACUAUCACUGGCCUGAAGCCUGAAACAACCUAUUCUGUGAGACUGUCUGCAGUCAAUGGCAAGGGCGUGGGUGAGAUUAGCCUGCCAUCCGACUUCAAGACACAACCAGUUCGGGAACCCAGUGCACCCAAACUGGAAGGUCAGAUGGGAGAAGAUGGAAACUCCAUUAAAGUGAAUGUUAUCAAGCAGGAUGAUGGUGGCUCCCCGAUUAGACAUUAUCUGAUCAAAUACAAAGCUCAUUCCUCAGAAUGGAAACCAGAGAUCAGACUUCCAUCUGGCAGCGAUUACGUCAUGCUCAAGGCCCUGGACUGGAAUGCAGAGUAUGAGGUUUAUGUGAUAGCUGAAAACCAGCAAGGGAAGUCCAAACCAGCUCACUAUGCUUUCCGAACUUCUGCCCAGCCUACCGUCAUCCCAGCCAGCACUAGCCCUACCUCAGGCCUUGGGACCGCUGCCAUCGUGGGCAUUCUCAUUGUUAUCUUUGUGCUGCUCUUGGUGGCUGUGGAUGUCACCUGCUACUUCCUGAACAAGUGUGGCCUGCUGAUGUGCAUUGCUGUCAACUUAUGUGGCAAAUCCGGCCCAGGAGCCAAGGGCAAAGACAUGGAGGAGGGCAAAGCUGCCUUCUCGAAAGAUGAGUCCAAAGAGCCUAUUGUGGAGGUGCGAACUGAAGAGGAGCGGACCCCCAACCACGAUGGGGGAAAGCACACAGAGCCCAAUGAGACCACCCCGCUGACAGAGCCAGAGCACCCCGCCGAUACCGCAGCUACUGUUGAGGACAUGCUGCCUUCCGUAACUACAGGCACCACUAACUCUGACACUAUCACUGAAACCUUUGCCACUGCUCAGAACAGCCCCACCAGCGAGACCACUACGCUGACCUCCAGCAUUGCCCCUCCAGCCACGGCCAUUCCUGACUCAAACUCCGUGUCGCCUGGCCAGGCUACUCCAGCCAAAGGGGCAGGCACCUCAGUCUCUUCACCACCACCCUCCUCCACCCCUAAAGUGGCCCCCCUUGUUGAUCUCAGUGAUACCCCAAGCUCUGCUCCAGCUGCUAGUAAUUUGUCUUCAAGUGUCCUGUCCAACCAAGGUGCAGUGCUCAGCCCCAGUGCUGUUGCUAACGUGGCCGAGGCCUCCAAAGCAGCAGCCGCUAACAAGCCGGCUGCCCCGAGCCCCGCAAACCUCCCGGGCCCUCCCGCUCCGUCGGAGCCCAAGCAGGAGGUCUCAAGCACCAAGAGCCCUGAAAAGGAAACCGUGCAGCCCAGCACAGUGAAGAGCCCAACAGAGACAACCAAGAACCCGAGCAAUCUGAAGAGUGAGGCUGCUUCAAGCAGCACCACAAACCCCUCCCAGAACGAGGACUUUAAAAUGGACGAAGGGACCUUCAAGACACCAGACAUUGAUCUUGCAAAGGAUGUUUUUGCAGCUCUUGGCACUACUACUGCUCCUGCCAGUGUGACUAGUGGGCAAGCUCGUGAGCCUGCUUCUUCCACUGCAGACAGCUCUGUACCUGCUGCACCUGCAAAGACCGAGAAAAUCCCAGUAGAAGACAAAUCUGAAGUGCAAGCAACGGAAACCAAGACACCUCCUGCAGAAGUCAAGACGGUCCCCAACGAAGCCACACAAACAAAUGAAAAGGAAAGCAAAGCAUGAUCAGCGACAGAUGAAAGCGAUCGACAGAACAGCUUCACCCGAGCAUUUACAACACAGAACACAACACACAUCUCAUUCCUCUGGUGUCUGUUGCCUUUUUUUAAAAAAACAAACAAAACAGAAAAUGCAUAAAUGGGGGGAGGGGGGAAUCUCUCUUGUUCUUUUCUUCUCCUUUCCUUUUUUUUUAAAAAAGAUUUCUAGAAGGGUUCUAUUUGUCGUGCACUUGCUUUUAAAAAGUAAUACACUUAAAAACAGGGUUAAACCCGUAACCAAAUCAGGGCUUAGACGCCCCUGUGCGUAUUCAGCUAGCAGAAUUGCCACUCGGUUUGCAGUGUGGUUGGGAAGCUCAAAAUCAACUAGUCCUAGACCAAAAAAAGCGAGAAAAAAGACAAAAAAAAAAAGACCCUGUUCUUUCCUCCCUUGGUUAGCAUAGCAGAUAUAACCACUGUACUGCUUGGUGCAGCUGGAACUUAAUGAACAAAGUCCACAAUUUAUUUUUAUACUUUUCAGUCGAGUUUCAAAUAUGUAAAAGCCUCAUAAAUAAGUUAUAAGUUCUGUUCACCUUGUAUUUGUUCAGUAUGCAAAGUGUCUCGAGCUCUUUGUGACUGAAUUCUGUUCUCCACGUUAGGCAUUUGUUUGGGUUUUACUCUCUUUAGUUAAGGAAGAAUGCCAGAAUUGCAGCUUCGGGGAUGUAUUUCGAUUUGCAGUAUUCGGACUCUACAUUUCUUCAAAUUUGAUGUUAAUUUUUUUGCCAACUUUGGUUCUUUCCAGUGUUUACAAUUGACAGUUUGGGGUUUUUUUUUUAACUUUUGUUGUGUUUAAAUGUAUGUGUAAAAUAGCUGCCUUUUUUUUAAGUAACUAGUCGGUAGGUGCUAGCUCAGCAUGCUUGCUUUGCAGAGGGAGACAUUUUAAAACAUGGAUGUUUACAGUAGUUGUUUCCCCUUUAUCUUUUCUAAUUAUUGUUAUUAUUAUUAUUAUUGUUAUUAUUAUUAUUAUUUCUUACUGGAGUAAGAAGAAAAGUGAUGCUGGGUUUUGGUUUGGGUUUUUUUUUGGGUGGGUGGGGGGUAUUCAAACCACUCAUCACCAAUCAAGGUCUUUAUCCAGCAAUCCCCAUAAACACGUGCUUAACCGGGAGUGAGAGCUGCUGGUGAGAGUCCUUCCAUGCUGAAAUUUAGUAAGAGUUUAAGUCCCUUGCUGGACCUGGGCCUGACUGCAUAAGAGAAAUAUCAUCUCUGCUUUUUUAGGACAUUCUCCCCUUUCCUUCAUGGAACCCUCCUGGUGCUUUGAGAAGCAGAAGGGAGAUUGUACAGUUAGGGCUGGUCUGGUCUCAUCUCAGACGUUUGACUGCAUCAAUUCCUCCUCAGUAUGUCAGACCCUAGAAAGCUGACUUGAAAGACUUUUUGCACACAGGCGCUUGGCAGCGUGCGAGACCUCUCCUGCAAAUCCCGCUCCGUCAGCAGUUGAUGAUUGUAGGUCCCUUCCAACUGGACUGUUCCCUCACAUCGUGUGUAUGGAGCGACCCGUCUCUGCUCUGCGGAAUCAGAACUAUGAAAUCAAGAGCUAGGACUUGGAAACGAAGGCCAAGUCUCCCAGUGAUUUCCCUUGUCUUGGCAUCACGUCUGAUAGUGGGAAAAGGGGCCUGAUGCAGUAUGUGUAUGGUCAUGGUGGAGGGGGCGGCGUAUCAGUGGCAUUUAGCAUCGGGAGACGAGGAGUAACGCUGAGAUUUUGGGGUGGAAAGAAAGAAGGUUUCAACAGAAGGAAGGCAAAGGUAUAUAGGUGAAGACCAGCCCAUUGUAUAGAGAUGUUCCUUCUGUUGGGGGUUUGGGUUUGGUUUUUCUUUCUGUCUUUUUUUUUGCUUUUGUUUUCUUUUUUCUUCUACUUCAGCCCUGCCAGCUUGUGCACUGUGGGUGCGUGACUGUUCUAGUGUGAAACGUGUUUUUUGUCAUAGUAUUGAAAUAAUAAAAGCUUCAACAUAGUUUGAAUGUGGAAGGUGUAGCGAUAGUUCAGAGUUGAAAAAAUAUAUAUAUUCAGGAAAAAAAACCCACAAAGCAAAAGAGAACAACUCUUAGAAGGAACAGAAGCCUUUAAAUGAAAAAUGAAACCGAGCUGACUUUGGCAUCUAUUCCGUUGCGCUAAGGUGAUGAACAGAAGGAUGUUGGGGGGUGGGUAGGCUGCAGUUUGACUUGGGUAAAUUGAGCCACUUCUACUAGUGUAUUCUUCUAAGUAUGCAGUCUUUUACAGUAGCAUCACAUAAACUGUGAAAAAUAAUGCUCUUGUCACUAAGUGUGGGGUUUUUUGCUUUUCUUUUCCUUAGCUCCUGGGAUGCAAAUGGAGGCUGACUGGGAAUACAGGCGUAGACAUUCAUGCAGUACCCAUCCUGAGCAGGAUAGCAGGGCAGGAUGGGGCCUCACUUCAAAGCCUUGUGUCAAAUCUAGCCCUUGCAUGACCCCUGACAGCAGUGUUGGUAGAAUGAUGGGGAGGUCUGGCCUAGGUCCCUGGGAUUAUUUUUAUUCUAAGACAUCGCUCCAUAAAAUGCAGCACAAAAAGUUACUACGGUCGGUCUCUGGUUGGGGAGAGUCCUUGGGGCAGCAGAGGAUGAGUAGGUAGGCAGUGUGUACCUCUGUCCGUGUCGAUGACCACAAGAUUUGCUCAUUUCUGCAAAGUUUUUGACUGCUUUUGUCAUCUGUACGUUGUGGUGUGUAAGUUACAACGCACCGAGAGCUGAGCAGCUGCCAGGGAACAAAUGUUGCACAGCACCAAGGACCAGGGACAUGUACAGGGACGUGGGGCAGCACCUUUUCAGUGAAAAUUGGGGUUGGCAUUUCUGUCAUAAAAAGUGUCAAGCUGGAAGCCCAAUCCAACACCCAGCAGCAUCAUUAGGAAGUACCCUGCGGGCCGCAGCGGGUCUGUGUCAAGGCUGACGGAGGGAGCAGCAUGCCAAGGCAGAAGUGAAGCCUGCGCUUGCCUGAGCGCUGGGCACAGCCAUUCACCUCCUUUUAAUGUCCUCGUGACACCUCCCGACACUUGCAGAUUAAUCCUGGAGAAUGGUUUUAUACUCGCCCUUAAGGGAGAGUGAUUUGUUUUAAUUCAGUACUCCAUUUCCAAGGUAGCUUAGGCUUCAUUGCUUUUCUUUAAACCUUUGAAGAGGGACCAACCUGAUGCCGUUUAUGCUGUAUAUGUUUAUAUAUGUAUCCAUGCCAUACAUAUAUAUCUAUAUGGCAAUGCAGACUGAUCAGCUUCUAGUUGUGGAGUGACGACAUUUCAUGCUGCACCAUACGUAAAGAUGAUGUUAGUGCAUCCAGUUGUUCGGCUUUUAGAGUGGAGUUUUAUUUUCACACUUUUCUAUGGAGCCUUCAAACCCCAGGUUUUCACACUAGGCUGUUUUGAUAGUUGUUCUCAGCCCCUCUGUUGCCAUCCUUUCCCAGCAUUCCCUACUUUUGGGGGCCUUCUAUCUUGUUAAAAAAACAAAAAAACAAAAAAUCUUUUUACCAAGUGAAGCAUCACUUCCACCUUUAUUCCCAUUCUCACCGGUGUAAAUACUAACUGAGGAUUUUGACUUUGCAUUCUGUCAGAA